AUGACGGCCAAGGAGAAAGACAAGAAGAAGAAGCGCAAGGCACCCGCUGAAGAACAUGCCAAAGAAGACGAAAGACCGGCCAAAAAACCCCAGACUGAGCUGGUCAAAGUGCAGCACGUCUCUGGUGCCGAUAAUGCGCAACCAGUCGUCGCGCAUUCGCCCGGUAUAUCCCUCCCCGAUGAUCUCCGGUUUGAAGCGUACUCGAAAAAGAGCUCUGGACAAUCAACACUGCUCCUACACUCCUCGUCGCACCCGACGAUUGACCACAUCGCAACCGAAAGCAAGACGACGUCGGUCACCGACAGACACACGAAACACUACAUCGCCAUCUUCGACCCUGUGAACAAGAAACUGAGCGUGGUGCCCGCGAAGAAGAUGACGGUGCGAAGCAUUGUCCGCCAACCUCCACCCGACGAAUCCGCCGACACAUCAGACGCAGAAGCUGAACGCCCUCCACCCACGUCGUCCUCUCGCGCCGCACUGACCGAAGCCUUCGGCACGAAGAAGUCGCGCAAGGCUGUAGCAUCGAUGGCCGAGAACCGACUCCUCGCGCGGGGCGGUGAUGACGACCCUCUCUCGACUGCCAUCCUCUCCUCGAUCAAAGAAGAAGACGUCCCGUUGCAGUCGUCGUCGUCCUCGGCGACCGGCGACCGGUCUAACAAACCGCUCCCUCCGGCCGACGUGACCACGGACGAGAUCACAGACGUCUACCCUCUGUCCGUGCUCGUGCACCCAGGCCCGGCUCGCGCGACUCUGUCCCAAAUGCGCAUCCAGCCGUGGCUCGACCGGGUCUCGGCGAAGAAAGAGAUCAACUCGCGCUUCCGGUACGUCGCGCACCGCGUGAAGGCCCUGGCGCAUCUACACGUCUCCCAGCAGAACGAGCACACGCUCCUCCCGCUCCAGCUGCUGCGCUACGUGACCGUCCUCCUCGAACUGUACGUCUACGUGUCCCGCCUCCCGCCGCGCCGCACGAUCCCGCAACCCGAGAAAUGGCCCGAGUCCACCAUCUCCGACGCGACGCACCUGAGCUCGGCGCUCCUCUCGAAACUUGUGCACGCAUUCUUCCCCACCGCGCUCCCGACCACGCACUCGCGCACCCUGCUCAUCACCACCAUCCUGGCCUUGACGCUGCACAUCCCGCCGCCAAAGUGGACGCCGGGCGCCGACGUCAACGUCCUCAUCACCGAGCCAACCGAUAUCGGUCUCGACCUGGCUCUCCAACCGGCCGAGGUCACCAAGUACUACCGCGAACUCGGGUGUCGUAUGGAGACGUUGACGGAUAACGAGCUCGCCAAGUACGGUUGGGAGAAGGUGGGCCGGGGUAAGAAGGGAACGGACGAGGAUGUCCCCGCUGGGAAGAAACCCCGAUUCGCCAAGUUGAGGUUUCCUGUUGAGUUCCCGAAAAUCAGUAGAGGGAGGCCAACGAGUCGGAGGUAA